GACCGGAAGUCACGUGCCGCGACAGUCGCUGGGGUGAGGCGGGUGUCGCAACUCCGGCUGCUGGGGGCUGUGACUGUGGGAGGCGCAGCGGCCAUGGCGGUGGAGACUCUAUCGCCGGACUGGGAGUUCGACCGCUUGGACGACGGCUCUCAGAAAAUCCAUGCUGAAGUCCAACUUAAGAAUUAUGGGAAAUUUCUUGAUGAGUAUACAUCUCAAUUGAGAAGAAUUGAGGAUGCACUGGAUGAUUCAAUUGGAGAUGUUUGGGAUUUCAAUCUUGAUCCUAUAGCAUUAAAGCUUCUGCCAUAUGAGCAGUCUUCCCUGUUGGAACUCAUAAAGACUGAAAACAAGGUCUUAAACAAAGUCAUCACUGUUUAUGCUGCACUUUGUUGUGAGAUCAAGAAAUUAAAAUAUGAGGCUGAAACUAAGUUUUACAAUGGUCUUUUGUUUUAUGGAGAAGGAGCUACAGACUCCAGCAUGGUGGAAGGCGAUUGCCAAGUUCAAAUGGGGAGAUUGAUUUCAUUUUUACAGGAGCUCUCCUGUUUUGUCACAAGGUGCUAUGAAGUGGUGAUGAAUGUCGUCCACCAGCUGGCUGCCCUCUAUAUCAGUAACAAGGUUGCACCCAAAAUUAUAGAGACAACUGGAGUUCAUUUUCAGACUAUGUAUGAGCACUUGGGAGAACUGCUAACAGUUUUACUUACCCUGGAUGAAAUUAUUGAUAAUCAUAUCACACUGAAAGACCACUGGACUAUGUACAAAAGGUUACUGAAGUCUGUCCAUCACAAUCCUUCAAAAUUCGGGAUUCAGGAAGAAAAAUUAAAGCCAUUUGAAAAGUUUUUGCUGAAGCUAGAAGGGCAGUUACUUGAUGGAAUGAUAUUCCAGGCCUGCAUAGAACAACAGUUUGAUUCUCUCAAUGGUGGGGUAUCUGUUUCAAAAAAUAGCACUUUUGCGGAAGAAUUUGCACAUAGUAUUCGCUCAGUUUUUGCAAAUGUGGAAGCCAAACUUGGUGAACCUUCUGAAAUUGACCAGAGAGACAAGUAUGUUGGGAUUUGUGGGCUCUUUGUUCUGCACUUUCAAAUUUUUAGAACUGUUGAUAAAAAGUUUUACAAGUCUUUAUUGGACAUUUGUAAGAAGGUGCCAGCUAUUACUCUAACUGCUAAUAUUAUUUGGUUUCCUGAUAAUUUUCUGAUUCAUAAAAUACCAGCAGCUGCCAAACUUCUAGACAGAAAAAGUCUUCAAGCCAUUAAAAUACACAGGGAUACUUUCCUGCAGCAGAAAGCUCAAUCACUUACCAAAGAUGUACAGUCUUACUAUGUCUUUGUGAGCUCGUGGAUGAUGAAAAUGGAAUCUGUUUUAUCUAAAGAGCAGAGAAUGGAUAAAUUUGCUGAAGACCUCACCAAUAGAUGCAAUGUUUUUAUACAGGGCUUCUUAUAUGCAUAUAGUAUUAGUACCAUUAUUAAAACCACAAUGAAUCUCUACAUGUCCAUGCAAAAGCCAAUGACCAAAACCUCAGUUAAGGCAUUAUGCAGGCUCAUUGAACUUCUCAAGGCAAUAGAGCAUAUGUUCUACAGGAGAAGCAUGGUUGUGGCUGAUUCAGUUUCACAUAUAACACAGCACCUUCAGCAUCAGGCUCUUAAUUCUAUUUCUGUAGCCAAGAAAAGAGUAAUUUCAGACAAAAAAUAUAGUGAACAGCGUCUUGAUGUUCUGUCUGCUCUUGUUUUGGCUGAAAAUACCCUAAAUGGACCGAGCACAAAGCAACGGCGGCUUAUCGUCUCUUUGGCACUCAGUGUUGGCACACAGAUGAAAACAUUUAAAGAUGAAGAACUCUUUCCCCUUCAGGUAGUCAUGAAAAAACUGGAUCUUAUCAGUGAACUUAGAGAACGAGUCCAAACACAAUGUGACUGUUGUUUUUUAUACUGGCAUCGAGCUGUCUUCCCAAUUUAUUUAGAUGAUGUGUAUGAAAAUGCUGUUGAUGCAGCUAGAUUACAUUAUAUGUUCAGUGCGUUACGAGACUGUGUACCUGCUAUGAUGCAUGCAAGGCAUUUAGAGUCCUAUGAGCUACUUCUGGACUGCUAUGAUAAGGAAAUUAUGGAAAUUUUAAAUGAGCAUUUGCUGGAUAAGUUGUGUAAAGAAAUAGAGAAGGAUCUGCGGCUUUCUGUGCACACUCAUUUGAAGCUGGACGACCGCAAUCCUUUCAAAGUCGGCAUGAAAGAUCUGGCUCUUUUCUUUUCUCUGAAUCCAAUUCGGUUUUUCAAUCGGUUCAUUGACAUUCGAGCUUAUGUAACUCACUAUCUAGAUAAGACUUUCUACAAUCUUACAACAGUAGCUCUUCAUGACUGGGCCACGUACAGUGAGAUGAGAAAUUUGGCUACUCAGCGUUAUGGGUUGGUUAUGACAGAGGCACACCUUCCUAGCCAGACUUUGGAACAGGGACUUGAUGUUUUGGAAAUCAUGAGGAACAUUCAUAUAUUUGUGUCUCGAUACCUCUAUAAUCUCAACAAUCAAAUUUUUAUUGAACGGACGAGCAAUAAUAAGCAUUUGAAUACUAUUAAUAUUCGACAUAUUGCUAAUUCCAUUCGGACUCAUGGCACAGGGAUCAUGAAUACAACAGUUAAUUUUACCUACCAGUUUUUGAAAAAGAAGUUCUAUAUAUUUAGCCAGUUUAUGUAUGAUGAACAUAUCAAAUCCAGAUUGAUUAAAGAUAUUCGGUUUUUCAGGGAAAUCAAGGACCAAAAUGAUCAUAAGUAUCCUUUUGAUAGAGCAGAAAAAUUCAAUCGUGGAAUAAGAAAACUGGGAAUUACACCGGAGGGGCAGAGCUACCUUGAUCAGUUCAGGCAACUCAUCAGCCAAAUUGGUAAUGCUAUGGGCUACGUACGAAUGAUAAGAUCUGGUGGUCUUCACUGUAGCAGCAAUGCCAUUAGAUUUGUGCCUGAUCUUGAAGAUAUUGUAAAUUUUGAAGAACUAGUAAAAGAGGAAGGUCUUGCAGAAGAAACACUAAAAGCAGCAAGGCAUUUGGAUGCAGUCCUCAGUGAUCAUACACGAAAUUCUGCAGAAGGCACAGAAUAUUUCAAAAUGCUUGUAGAUGUUUUUGCUCCAGAAUUUCGAAGACCAAAGAAUAUACAUCUCCGAAACUUCUAUAUCAUUGUCCCUCCUCUAACUCUCAACUUUGUAGAACAUUCCAUUAGUUGCAAAGAGAAAUUGAAUAAAAAAAAUAAAAUAGGAGCUGCCUUUACUGAUGAUGGUUUUGCCAUGGGUGUGGCUUAUAUUCUAAAGCUUUUGGACCAGUACCAGGAGUUUGAUUCACUUCAUUGGUUCCAGUCUGUUAGAGAGAAAUACAUAAAGGAGAUAAGAGCAGUUGCUAAGCAACAGAAUGUACAGUCAACUAGUCAAGAUGAAAAACUGCUACAGACCAUGAACCUCACUCAGAAGCGACUGGAGGUCUAUCUACAGGAAUUUGAACUGCUGUAUUUCUCACUAAGCAGUGCAAGAAUUUUCUUCAGAGCAGACAAGACGGCGGCUGAAGAGAACCAAGAAAAGAAAGAGAAGGAAGAAGAAACUAAAACAAGCAAUGGAGACCUGCCUGAGAACACUGUGUCUGCUGAUCCUGUUGUGAAAUGACAGUAUGAAAACUUCCGAAUAGUGAAGACAUUUUUGCAGUGACAUGGAUGGUACAAGCUACUUCAUGAAUUGUUUCCUGGGUCAUGUCUUUGGAAAAUUCUACUUGGCAGUGCUCUAGGGUUAAGACCAUUCUGUUUCUAAAGGCUCUACUUUUCAAGGGCUGAGAGUAAGAUUUUAAAAUUGGAUUUUUGUCUGGACCUUAGGCUACAAGAUGUUCCUAGGAACAGUCUUUCGCCAUGAAGUUAGAGAAGGGCGAACCCAGAUUCCUAAACUGUUGCCUCAGAUCUCUUGUAAUCUGUGUUUGUGAUUUGUAUAGAUCUUUGAUUCAUAUUUAUCCAAAGUCAUUGGAAAGUCAGUGCAUAUCUGUAUACAGCCAGUAAAUACAUUUUUAAAAAAGGACUUGAGCCUGAAAUUCAUGAAGCAUACAUAUCAAAGAAUAUAUGAAGAUGGCUUUGAUACUAGAGGUGAGGCACGAGUCUGUAACCCUUUGUGCACAGUGUAACUGGUGAUCCUUUGUGCAUUGUUAAAUUUCAUGUAAUUCACAAGAGCUGCUGAUGUCUUUGAUGAGACAUUUUAUAACCGUUUACAUUGCUUUGGGAACAUUUACCCUUCAACAAUUGCUUUAAAUUUAAGAUUUACUUAAUAUUCAAAGAAAACUCAGAUUAAGCCAUAGAAUCCUGCUUGAAGCCUCACUGCGUCUGUAUGAUAGGAAGGAAAAAAUGAAUUAUUUCUACAUCCAAACUCAGGUUUCUUCAUUAUAGUAAAUUGAAAUCUUGAUGAUGGUUUGGACAGACUUUUUCUUUAUAUCAAAUAUAAUCUAAGACAUAAGAUUAAAUAAUAACCGCACUAUGGCAGGCUUUCAGUAAUUUACCACUGUGAGAAUAAAAUAGUAAGUCACUUACUGAUUUUAAAAGAAUGAAAGAUUUGAAUAAAUUUAGUUCCCAACAAGCUACUAGCUUUAUUUUUGUAAAGGUGUGCUAGUUAAUGGUUUAGUGGGUCAAUCAUGGCCUUUUAAACAUAUAAUGACUUUAUGAUGAAAAGGAAAAUUUAAAACUUUAAAUGUAACAGAAACAUCAGUUUUUGGAAAUGGCUUGUUUUUCUAUUUCGUUUCCUGCUGUUUCUUUGGACAAAUCCUGGAAGUAAUUCUAACACUGUUAGAAUUCUGAUAUUGUUCUUUGAUUCCAGCUUUUGGAGUGAAUACACAAUGCCCCGCCUGUACUCAUUGGUUAGGGUCAGGGUAACUUUCCCAGCCCAAAAUAAAUACUUUCACUGUUCAGUAAGAAGAAACAAUGUAUAGGAAAUGGUUUUUAUUAUGUUAAGUAUGACUUACAGGAUUAUGGACAAAGGAUAGAUUAAAGGUAUUUAAUAUUUGUAAUUAAUACUAACUUUAGAGGUGGCCCUAAAGCAUGCUGCAUAAUUAAUAAUUUAUAUUUUCAUUAUUAUAAAUGUUUAUACUAAUGAUACUGGAUUUGGUUAUAUCAAAUUAGUCACUAUUUCAUAGCGCUAGUAUUUUCUUGUUUUUCCUUGUUUGGUAUUCCCACACAUGUAAAUUAAUUAUCUUAUCAAUAUUAGAGAUCAUAUGCUGACUCCCUGGACAUGUAUAAUUGAGAAGAAAGUGACAGAUUAUUGUUUUAUCUUUAGUUCAAAAUGUCACUCCAGUCUGGAUAUAAGUUCAUAUAUUUGAAAUAAAAUCUCUGAAAAGGUAAGUAUUUAAAUGGUAUUAAACUAUAGAGUAACAGGGCUUCAGUGUAUUCACACCUGAGUUAAUAUAUACAUUUGGAUUAUGGUUUUCCUUGCUAACAUUAAUAUUUUUUCAGACAUACUGUCAUUUAAACAUUAACAUGAGCAUUUUGUUGUUAAGUUCACAGAAGACUUAAUGAUGUUCAAAUUCUCAGGAAUUAAGAACUAACCAUAACAUUGUCAGUUCUAAUUAGAUUUUGUAAGAGACAGCAAGUUUGUUACCUCACUUGAGUGGGGGUCCCCUUCCCCCCAAUUCUAAGAGUAUACAAUAUGUAUAAUAAAGCAUUAAUAAAUAUAAUUUCAAAUUUUU